GGCCUGUCGGGUGCUGCCGCGCUGUGUCUCCGGGACCAUCCAGGGGGGACCGGUCGGAGCGCGAGCGCUGACGUCUCUCUCUUUCAGGGUGAGCCUGGCGAGUCGGGGGCCCCUGGCAUCCCCGGGGAGCCAGGAGUCAAGGGCCCGCGAGGAGAGCGAGGGGAGAAAGGAGAAACCGGAGCCGCCGGCACAGCUGGACCCCCUGGAGGGAAAGGGCCCCCCGGAGAUGAUGGGCCCAAGGGAAACCCUGGUCCUGUUGGUUUCCCAGGGGAUCCGGGCCCCCCAGGUGAAAUGGGUCCCAGGGGCCAGGACGGGGCGAAGGGCGAACGAGGCGAGGACGGGGAACCCGGGCAGCUGGGCUCGCCAGGCCCGACAGGAGAGAACGGCCCCCCAGGUCCCCCAGGGAAGAGGGGCCCCGCAGGCUCCCCGGGUCCCGAGGGGCGUCAGGGCGAGAAGGGCACUAAGGGCGAGCCAGGCGCCGUGGGACCCCCUGGCAAGACCGGCCCCGUGGGGCCCCAGGGACCAGCCGGCAAGCAGGGGCCUGAUGGGCUGAGAGGCAUCCCUGGCUCAGUGGGAGAACAAGGCAAGCCGGGCGCGACGGGCCAGACGGGCCCCCCGGGACCUGUGGGCCCCCCGGGGCUGCCUGGCCUCAAAGGGGACUCCGGACCCAAAGGAGAGAAGGGCCAUCCUGGUCUGAUCGGUCUGAUCGGGCCCCCGGGCGAGCAGGGAGAGAAAGGGGACCGGGGCCUGCCUGGCCCGCAGGGCUCCCUGGGGUCGAAAGGAGAGACCGGGAUCCCUGGUGCUACUGGCCCCAUCGGCCCCGCCGGGCCCCCGGGACUUCCUGUGAGUGACCUUUGACCUUCCCCUGUGCCUCACCCCAUGGCCCCCCUGUCUGAGCAUCACCUGUAACGUGCCCGUGACACUACGGGGUGCAGUCCAGACUGGGGCAGGGGCUGUGUCACCGCCUGCCCGGUAUCCUGGGGUGCCCUGCGGUGCCUUGCUGCUGGAGCUCCCAGCCUGGACCCCCCAUGGCCCCCCCAGCAUGUUCCCCCCGAGGGCUGGGUACAGCCAUCCCCUGCCAGCCAUUCGCAGGCCACGCCCAGCCCCCACCAGACUGGGUUAGUGCUGCAGGGUGACCUCAGCCCGCUCCCUGCCCCACCCUGCCCCCCAGACCAUCUGUUCUGCACUGCCAGCCACG